AUAAAAUCAGGUUAUAUAUAUAGAUCAGUUGACAAAAAUAUUGUGACCAGAGGGUUUCAGGAACCUAACCUCGCAUUUACCCUUUGUUCAGUAUUUACUGUUUGUGGUGACUUUAUAGAACAUUACUGGGAAUAAUGAGAAUUGACUGUAUAUAAAUAGGUACAAUAGUGGCAUAUCCUUAAAAGUAGCUGUGAGAUUAAAUGAGAUAACGUUGGUAAAGUGCUUAGCACAGUGUCUGGCACAUAGUAAGGGCUCAAAAAACAUUGUUAAUAUUGUUACUAUAUGGAUACGUGAGAAAGUGAGGAAGUGAGUUCCCCCUCUAGAGCCUCUUUCCCAGGGGGCCAAAGUGAGGCUGUCUGGGUGUUGGGCUGGCUUUUAGGCCAGACCCAAUAGAGAAGAUUGUGAAGGAGCCUGACCCAUGAGGAGGGGUCAGGGCCCACGACUUGUAAUAAAGGGCCCUGCCCUUAUGCAGACUUUAUAUGUCAUAGAGGCCUCAGCUACCCUGGCCACCAGCAUCCCCCAGGCACAGUGCAGAAGCUCCCUGUGCCCAUGGGGCCAUCUCGGCUUGUCCGUGGCCCUCGGCCCCAGGGCAUGCGUUCCCCCUACCGCAGACCAGGUAUGGGCUGGCCCAGGCCCCGGUUUCCCAGGAUGUUCAAGUGUAGCCGCAGAAGAUACCAGCAGGGUGUCCAAGGUCGAACUGCCAGCAGGGCAGCCACCAAUCCUGCCACCAUGGCCAUGGGUAUCAACAACACCCACACUGACACUACCAUAGUGUGGAUCUUCCCACCUCAAGUUCUCAGACAUCUCAGGCAACCUGGGAUUUUUCUGAUCCUCUAGAAGUGCCCAGAAGCUAGCACAGAAGCCUGGCUUGCCCUGGACCUGCAUCUCCUAGGGGCCGUGUGGGUGGUGAACAACAAAUACAAUCAUUCUGCUCAAACUGCCUUAUUCCUCACGCACGGAGGUGUUA